GGUUUUAUUUCUUUCGUUUGUCUUUUUCAUUUUUCCUUUUUUUUUAUUUUUUUUAUUUUUUUUAAUUCAUUCGGGGAGAAAUCUGUGGCGACACCUGAUCGACUGGCUUCUCCGCGCGCAUCGACCCAGGAGCUCCAGGCGAAUCGGAGGGGGUGGAAGAAAGCAGAUACACAGUCAAUGCUCGGCCUCUGCUUUUGAUUUUGUUUGUGCGCGUGCUUCAUCUUGUGUGUGUUGGGGGUUUGUAGCCCAGCAAAGCCAUGGUCCACUGCGCCGGCUGUGAGAGGCCUAUACUGGACCGCUUCCUGCUCAACGUGUUGGACAGAGCCUGGCACGUGAAGUGCGUGCAGUGCUGCGAGUGCAAAUGCAAUUUAACGGAGAAAUGUUUCUCUCGAGAAGGAAGACUGUACUGCAAAAAUGAUUUUUUUAGGCGGUUCGGAACCAAAUGUGGCGGCUGUUCGCAGGGAAUCUCUCCUAACGACCUGGUCCGGAGGGCCCGGAGCAAAGUCUUUCACCUGAACUGCUUCACCUGCAUGAUGUGCAACAAGCAGCUGUCCACCGGAGAGGAGCUCUACAUCAUAGACGAGAACAAAUUCGUCUGCAAAGACGAUUAUCUGAGCAACAGCAGUGUGAAAGACACCAACCUCCUCUCAGUAACCGCGUGCAGCGACCCGAGUUUAUCGCCCGACUCCCAAGACCAGCUCCAGGACGAUGUGGUCCUGAAGGACACGGAGAUCGCCGCCCUGUCCGACAAGGAGACGGUGAACAACGAAAACGACGACCAGAACCUGGGGGGGAAGCGGCGCGGCCCGCGCACCACCAUCAAGGCCAAGCAGUUGGAGACGCUGAAGGCGGCGUUCGCUGCCACCCCGAAGCCCACCAGACACAUCCGGGAGCAGCUGGCUCAGGAGACCGGACUCAACAUGCGGGUCAUCCAGGUCUGGUUCCAGAACCGACGGUCCAAAGAGAGGCGCAUGAAGCAGCUGAGCGCGCUGGGCGCCCGGAGGCACGCGUUUUUCCGGAGCCCGAGGCGGAUGAGGACGUUGGUGGACCGGUUGGAGCCCGGGGAGCUCAUCCCGAACGGGCCCUUCUCCUACUACGGAGAUUAUCAAAGCGAGUACUACGGCCCUGGAGGGAAUUAUGACUUUUUCCCUCAGGGGCCUCCAUCAUCGCAGGCCCAGACCCCAGUGGAUCUCCCCUUUGUGCCCUCUUCUGGCCCCACGGGAACCCCCCUUGGAGGUAUGGACCACCCCCUGCCGGGCCACCACCCCUCCAGUGAGGUACAGCGCUUCUCUGAUAUCAUGUCCCACCACCCAGGGGACUCUCCCAGCCCGGAGCCUGGCAUCCCGGGGCCCUUGCACAGCAUCUCCUCUGAAGUGUUCGGUCCUAGCCCACCCUUUACCUCACUGUCACUGAAUGGCAGCGGAUACAACAACCACCUGUCCCACCAACCCUCAGAGAUGAACGAGGGCACCGUGUGGUAGCUUCCUGACAGGGCGGACUUUACUGGCCAGAGGAAUGGAGGAUGGCGAGGUUUGGUGGGGUCUGGGACGGGGGCCCAGGACAGGGGGAAGGAAAUCAACAGGGUUAGGACGACAUUAACAUAUUUAUUUAUUUAUUUUCAUUGUUGAAUUUUCUUUAUUUAUCUUUUUUUAUGCCUAUCUGGCAUAAAAAGUGAUGCCCAAAAACAUUGUCUUCAGUAUUGUUGUGUGUGUGUGGGUGUUUUCAUUGCUUCUUUCAAUUUCUCGCCCACAUCACAUCCCUAACUGGACUUUAAAAAAGCAGAAACAAAGGGGGAAAUGAGAGAGACUGCUAAACUGCUCCCAUUCACCCUUAAUUUGUCAUCCCUGCUGAUUCCUGUUAGUGGCCCAACACAGUCACUAAACCCCGCACCCUUUCUGGAAACUCCUAUAGUACGUCCCAAACAUGAAAACAUCAUUUGCUACUGUCAAAAACUCCAAAAGCUUUACAGAGAGAAUAAAGAGGCUGAGAGUUGGCAGAGGCACCAGACGUGUCCCCGUUUUUCCACAAGCUCCUCAGACCUCUUCGCCUAUCGAGGCUCUGCCAUAUUGACACUUAACCUUUUUCACACGUUGUUCCUGUCGGCCAGAGGAAGGGACAGUUUUAAUCUCCAUGUGGACUAUUUGUUUUUGGUUUCAGAAGUUCCACCAAACCUGAGGAAGGCUGCCUUCAAAAGGCAAACCAGUAAAAACCCUUUGUGGAUUGCAAACCCUUUAUUAAAAAUGGAAAUGAACUUGAAACACUGAAAUGAAGUCUACCUUCUAAAAAUCUCCUACCGGGGUUCUGGGACUUAAAACAGUCAACUGUUUACGUAACCUAUUUAAUUCAGGAGUCCAGAAGUCUCGAACAAAAACCUGUUUUAGAACCUCUUGAUCCACAUGAAAAUGUUCCAAGCAACCAACCAAACUUUUGUAUCGAUUUCAUUUAUAUUGUAUGGAGAUAAAGAACACAUUUGCUGGGGUUGUGGUUCACUGUGCUAGUUUGUACAAGAUGUUGUUUACAGAAAAGGUAAAAAAAUAAAAUAAAAACACAAGUAGACAUUUGCCAAAUUUAAAAAUAUAGCACAAAUACUGUAACAGUGCUUUGCACCAUCAUCACAGUAUGUGUGGAGACAAACUAUAAUUGUUUAAAGGAGUAAUUGACUUCUAAUUUUUUUAUUUGUCUGCUGACGAUACAUUCAUAAAAUUGUUAAUAUAACAUACUUAGGUUUUAUUUUUGUGUCUUCAAAGAAGAAAAAUCCAAACUAUUAAAACUGAUGGUCAAAUAUGCAGCUGUUUGCUGCUGCAUCUCUUUGAAUAUCAAGCCCUCAUGGUAUGUCUUUUAUUGUUCCAAUAAACCUAAGCUCAUGUGACCUCCAGUGCAUAUUAGACCAUUCACUGUAUAAAUUCAACAUGUUGACAAAAAUGUGUUUCUAAAUAAACUAGAAAACAUU